AUGAAAUAUGACUUUUCAUCACUGAAAAGUAAAGUGAACUCUCAUGCCGAUGUCAUCAAGAUACUUGAAGGUCAGUUGAGUUUACUAUCAGCACAAUUGAAACCAAAGAUGACAAUGAAAGAUGAUGAUAGAGGGUUGGCUGUGGUUACUCGUAGUGGAAAGGUAGCAAUGGGUAAUAUGACGGGUAAUGAAGAAGCUCAAACGCAUGAAGAAGAUAAAGGCACAAAGAAAGAAGAGGCACCUAUUCAUCAAAGCAUUGCCAAAGAACCACAAAACGAAAUGGAGCAACAUCAUCUAAUGCCAAAAGUCAUGCAACCUUUACCCAAAUUAUCUCCCCCAUUUUCCCAACGUCUAAAGAAGAAAAAUGAGGAUGAGAAAUUCAAUAAGUUCUUACCGAUGUUCAAAACAUUAUCAAUUAAUCUCUCUCUUGUGGAAGCAUGUUUGGAAAUGUCGGGUUACGCCAAGUUUAUGAAGGAAUUAGUCAUAAAGAAAAGGAACUUAAAUUUUGAGACAAUGGAAGUUUCCCAUAGUUGUAGUGCAAUUAUGACUAAGGAGCUGAUAAAAAAGAGAGAGGAUCCCGAAGCGUUCACCAUCCCUUGUACCAUUGGAAUGCUCCAAUUUGCUAAAGCUUUAUGCGAUUUGGGAGUAAGCAUCAACUUAAUGCCAUAUGCAAUUUAUAAACAACUUGGGUUGGGUGAACCGAAAGCCACCACAAUGAGACUCUUGAUGGCAAACCGAUCCAUCAAACAUCCCGUGGGGAUACUAUAUGACAUCUUGGUAAAGGUUGACCGAUUCAUUUUUCUGGCUGAUUUUGUUAUUCUCGAUUGUGAAAUAGAUGGUGAAAUUCCCAUUAUUUUGGUAAGACAAUUCUUGGCAACCGGGAGAGCAUUGGUAGAUGUUUGA